UUGGGGGUGACCGCCGGAGCGCGGCUUGCGCCCUCCCCCUCCGGAUCCCGCAUCGUACCAGCCGCGCUGACGGACAGACAGACAGACACCGCCCCCCGCCCCAGCGCCCACCUCCUCUCCGGCCGACUGUCGACGGCGGACGCGGCGGCGAGCCGCGAGCUGGAGCCGGAGCCCGCGCUCGGAGGCGGGCUGGAGGGGGUCGGGGCUCCCGGGGCUGCGCUGAAACUUUUCGUCCAACUUCUGGGCUGUUCUCGCUCCGGAGGAGCUGUGGUCCGUGCCGGCGAAGCCGAGCCGAGCGAAGCCGGGAGAAGUGCUAGUGCGGGCCGGGAGGAGCCGCAGCCCGAGGAGGGGGAGGAGGAAGAAAAGAAGGAAGAGGUGGAGGAGAGGGGGCCGCGGCGACUCGGAGCUCGCAAGCCGGGCUCAUGGACGGGUGAGGCGGCCGUGUGCGAAGACAGUGCCACCGUCGCGCGCGCUCCCCAGGCCCCGGCCAGGGCCUUGGUGCCAGAAGGAAGAGGAGACCGCCGAGGCGCGGAGGAGAGCGGGCCGCCCCGCAGUCCGAGCCGGAAAGGCUGCGCGAGCCGUGUGGGUUCUAGCCGGACCUCCGAAACCAUGAACUUUCUGCUCUCGUGGGUGCACUGGACCCUCGCUUUGCUGCUCUACCUCCACCAUGCCAAGUGGUCCCAGGCGGCGCCCACCGUAGAAGGCGGAGAGCUGCACAGCAACCAAGAUGUGGUGAAGUUCCUGGACGUCUACCGGCGCAGCUAUUGCCGUCCUAUCGAGACGCUGGUGGACAUCUUCCAGGAGUACCCCGAUGAGAUCGAGUUCAUCUUCAAGCCGUCCUGCGUGCCCCUGAUGCGCUGUGGGGGCUGCUGCAAUGACGAGGGGCUGGAGUGCGUGCCCACCGAGAACUUCAACAUCACCAUGCAGAUCAUGCGCAUCAAGCCUCACCAAGGCCAGCAUAUAGGAGAGAUGAGCUUCCUCCAGCACAGGACAUGUGAAUGCAGACCAAAGAAAGAAAGAGCGAAACAAGAAAAAAAAUCAGUUCCAGGAAAGGGCAAGGGGCAAAAACGAAAGCGCAAGAAAUCCCGGUAUAAAUCCUGGAGCCUUCCCUGUGGGCCUUGCUCAGAGCGGAGAAAGCAUUUGUUUGUACAAGAUCCGCAGACGUGUAAAUGUUCCUGCAAAAACACAGACUCACGUUGCAAGGCGAGGCAGCUUGAGUUAAACGAACGUACUUGCAGAUGUGACAAGCCAAGGCGGUGAGCCGGGAUGGAAGGGAGAGCCUCCCUCAGGGUUUCAGGAACCAGACCUCUCACGUGGAAAGAUUGAUACAGAAUGCCCCAGAAACCGCACAGCUGCCACCACCACCGUCAUCACCGACAAAGCAAUCCUUAAUCCAGAAACCCGCCAUGAAGGAAGAGGAGACUGCGCACAGACAGCACUUUGGGUCCGGAGCGCGAGACUCCGGGGAAGCAUUCGCAGAAGCAUUCCCGGGCGGGUGACCAAGCUCGGUCCCUCUUGAAAUUGGAUCGCCAUUUUUUCUUUCUUCUUUUUUUUUUUUUUGCUGCUUAAAUCACCGAGCCCAGAAGAGUAGAGAGUUUUAUUUCUGGGAUUCCUGUAGACACACCCCACAUAUAUAUAUAUACAUAUACAUGUAUAUAUACAUAUAUAUAAAAUAUAUAUAUAUUUUAUACAGCUAUAAAAUAUAUAUAUUCUUUUUUUAAAUUAACAUUGCUAAUGUUAUUGGUGUCUUCACUGGAUGUAUCUGACUGCUGUGGACUUGAGUGGGAGGAGGGAGAACGACCUCUCAAAUCCCUCUUUGGAAAAGGUGCAGGGCCAGGGCCUGGGGGCAAAUCUGGUCUGCUUUCGGGAAUACUGACAAACCCAGGCCCGGCCCCAAGCCAACUACCCUGAGUCAAUGGACAGAAAGACAGAUGGCAAGUACAGGGACAAGAAGGUUGGCUUAUGACCAGGAGUUGAGGGCACCUCAGGACAUUGCUGCGCUUGGGGAUCCCCUCCACACCUUGCACGGGCACCUUGCCCUCCUGGGGCACUGUCUGGAACGUUCAAGAGCCUUCACCGGAUGGCCCCCACCCAGUCUCACCUCUCGAGCCUGCCUGCGUCCGAGAUGCCCACGGAGGCCCCAGACAUCCUGGAGAAGACAAGGGGAUGAGGGUGGGGUGGGGGGUGGGUACGAGAAGAGCAGCCCCCGGUCAGCCCCUCCUCCUGGGAACCAACCCUCAUCCCCAGAGGGAAGGACCUCGGGCCUUCUGUCUUGGCCCCCCCCCCUGCUCUGCUCCCCAGUUUGGGGUGCAAUCCAGGAAAGCCUGGUGUCCUCAGACCACUAAAACCACUAGUUCUGCCCUCCCCCCCACUCCCCUGCAGGGGGGGGCGGGAAGGGGGUCCUGGCUGAGUGUGUGAGUGGCUGACCCUCCUCUGGCCCCUGAACCGCCCCGUCCCUUGGCCUAGAGAGAGGCAGGGCAGGGCAGGACCCACGGACCCAUCACAGAGGCAGAAGAGCAAGUUUUAUAUACGGUACUUAUUUAAUGACCCUUUUUAAUUAGAAAUUAAAACUGUUAAUUUAAUUAAAGACUAGGGCUUUUUUCAGUAUUCUUGGUUUAAUAUUUAAUUUCAACUAUUUAUGAGAUGUAUCUCGCUCUCCGGCUCUUUCGCUCGUUCUCUCGCUCUCUUAUUUGUACCGGUUUUUGUGUAUGAAAUUCAUGUUUCCAAUCUCUCUCUGCCCCGAUCGGCGACAGAUACUUGCAGCAUGUCCUGAGCAGAUAUUUAAUUUUGCUAACACUCAGCUCUGCCCAUUUCAUUUCCCCAGCCCCCACCACACAUUCCUUUGAAAUAAGGUUUCAAUAUACAUCUACAUACUAUAUAUAUAUAUUUGGCUAUUUUGUAUAUAUACAUAUAUAUGUUUAUGUAUAUAUGUGAUUCUGAUAAAAAUAGAUACCGCUAUUCUGUUUUUUUUUAUAUGUAAAAACAACAAAAAAUAGAGGAUUCUACAUACUAAAUCUCGUUCCUUUUUUAAUUUUAAUAUUUGUAUCAUUUAUUUAUUGGUGCUACUGUUUGUCCGUAAUAAUUGUGGGGGGGGGAAAGAUAUUAACAUCUCGUCUUUGUCUCUAGUGCAGUUUUUCGAGAUAUUCCGUAGUACAUAUUUAUUUUUAAACAGCAACAAGAAAUACAAAUAUAUCUUAAAAAGAAAAAAGCGUUUUGUAUUAAAGAUUUUAAUUCUGAUCUCAAAAUCUA